AUGUAUCCUGGCUGUGUCCGUGCAAGCUUUCAAGGUGGGGAGGGGGCGGUUAACACGUGUCUGGUGGAGUUACCGGAUCAGCCAGGCUGUGAUGUCCGUGUUGGUCUGCGGUCUACGAAGACCAACACAAUCAUCAGAUUGUCUGGUCUGGCCUCAACAGAUGCAGACAAUGGCCACGGAUGGCUGGCCACACGACACGGCGCGGGAGCAGGCGAUCUCUCGAAACCAUCUACAGGGACGACAGCAGCAGCAGCCCCCAGGACGACGAGGCCGAAGAAGAACCCGAUCGACCGACUUCGAUGUUUCUGUCGAUGUUACCGGCUCUCCCGCCCCUCAAGUGGCCGCCCAAGUACCAACCCUCCCGCCAGAACCAGCACCGGCACCAACCCUCCCGCCAGAACCCGCACCGGCACCAACCCUCCCGCCAGAACCCGCACCGGCACCAACCCUCCCGCCAGAACCAGCACCGGCACCAACCCUCCCGCCAGAACCCGCACCGGCACCAACCCUCCCGCCAGAACCAGCACCGGCACCAACCCUCCCGCCAGAACCAGCACCGGCACCAACCCUCCCGCCAGAACCAGCACCGGCACCAACCCUCCCGCCAGAACCCGCACCGGCACCAACCCUCCCGCCAGAACCAGCACCGGCACCAACCCUCCCGCCAGAACCAGCACCGGCACCAACCCUCCCGCCAGAACCAGCACCGGCACCAACCCUCCCGCCAGAACCAGCACCGGCACCAACCAGACACACAGGCGCCCAUAUGCUGCCUCCUCCGGGUAUAUCCGACGUGGCCGCGCACUUUCCAAGGAGGACAGACAGCACGACACCAUAAUCCACAACGACCACUGGGUAUACAAGUGCAGGGAAGCAGGACGGAUCCUUCGUGUGGUCGUCCCUCAAGAUCGCCUCGACCACCUCUGUGACUACGACACCUUCAAGAAGGAAAUUCGGCCAGACUAUCAACUUCGGGGAACUGGGAUAAGGACACCAAUUCUCUCGUAA